UAAGUGAGACCAGAUUAUAAGGAGCUGACUUGGCAAAGUUUUGACAGACACACCCCUGAAUUGUAAAAUGAAAAAGCAAUCAGACCCUCCUCCCCCCUGCCCGAUCCCGUCUGGAUCGGCAGAGGCCCCGAGCUGCCCAACCCCCGCGCCACUCCGGCGACCUCGCCGCAGCGCCACGCGACCCCGCCACCGUGCUGGCCGGCCCCAAGCCGCUACGACCGCGGCCCCACCCCUCGCGCCGACCGGUGCCAAGUGGCUACGACCCCGACCCCUGCCCCGCGCGGGCCGGCCCCAAGCUGCUAUGAUCCCGGCCCCGCUCCUCCUGGGUAGCAAGCACGGCAGCCCCAAGCCGCACGGCGAUGCACCCACGCCUCCCUUUCUUCUUCCUCCCUCCUCUCGCUUUCCCCACCAGGCGGCGCGCAGCCCCGAAGCAAGCAGCGGCGGCAGCGUAGAACACCAGAGCAAGCAGCGGCGGCAGCGUAGAACACCAGAGCAAGCAGCGGAGCACAGCACGAGCACAAGCAGCAGCAGCGGCGCGGUGGCGUGCAGCACGGACGCAUCACCGGAGCAAGCAGCGACCAACGACUGUGAGCUCCUCCGCUGCCUGUGCAUGGCGUGGACAGCCGUGCAUGAGCGCGAGGCCAUGGUCGAGCAACCGCCCGGCUCCAACCGCGCGGCGGCGCACGGGCCCGACCCGGCCGGCACCGUCGAGGAGCUCUCCACAGAGACCUCCUCCACUGCGCGGCCCUCUGCGCCGACGAGGUCGGCCUCGCCGGGGAACGCCUCCUCCUCUCCUCUCUCUGGCAGUUGUGCAAAAGAGAUGAAGCCUCAGAUGUGGUGGUUUUUUGCAAUUCACUCAAUUAAACAGGUUAGCUAAUGAAGCUACAGCUACUGAAAAUUCAAACAGCCUCCUUCCUGACCCCUCUAAAACCAAGAGGUAAAGACUCAUGGCAUGUUCCAUUCAAUUACUUCAGCUCAUAUGACCAAAGAAAUGAGUUAGGUUUCAUAUUCUUGCCAGCAAGGAAAUUCUACUUGUUAAGAAACAAAUAGAGUUGUGAUGUUACAUUAUUGAUUGGCUCAAUUCUUCCUGAUGCAGUUCUAAGUUCCAGUAGUUCUUUUGUCUAUUUGCUUGCUCAUACCUUUUAAGAAGCUACUAAAUACAGGUUCACUGUCAGGUUGGUUAGAUGUUCUAUAGAUCACUAUUAUAUGCAGGAUCAUUAGCUAUCCAAGAAAAUUAGCGUCAGGUUUCAGUAUCCAGUAGGCUAGAUUCCUUGUCAAGCUCGUUUAUUGUUUUGUUGCUCACCAAUGCACUGUAGAUUAGAUGUCUAACCAGUAAAAUUAGCCUGUGGUAUAAGAAUCUAAUGGGUCUUUUGUCCUUUGAAAACAAAAACAUCCUUCUCUAUACGCCUCAAAAAUGGUUUCUUCUAACCUGAUGUGUGCGAUGCUAAUUAAUCAAGCUUUGUUUCCCAUGACUGCUAUGUUCAAAUUAAUAAGAGCCUGAAUAAAACAUCCUUUUACCUUCAAAGUGUAAUAUGCAUUCUUCUUUCAUUCCUCUUGCAUGUACAGGCAAUUCUUGCUGUUGCAAGCAAAAUGACUUGCUUUGUAGCAUGUGGUUUUAAGAACCUGAUGGGUCUUUUGUCCUUUGAGAAGAAAAAAUAUCCUUCUCUAUACAUCUCAAAAAUGGUUUUUCCUUCGCUGAUGUAUGCAGUGCUAUUUAAUCAAGCUUUUUCCCCGAUGACUGCUAUGUUCAAAUUAAUGAUAAGCUCAAUAAAACAGCCUUUUGCCUUCAAAUUGUAAUAUGCAUUCUUCUUCCUUUUCUCUUUUGCAUGUACACGCACUUCUUGCUGUUCCAUGCAAAUUCACUUGCUUUGUUCAUCCAGCUAAUUGCCUAUACAAUUGUUCAUACAAACUAAUUAGCUAUACAAUUGAAUUUGCUACGUGUCUAAUAUUUAUGUUCUUGUUGUUUCUAUAACACUCUAGCUUUAGUUUUCUUUUCACCAGGAACAACAUUAUUAACAUGACUUUUAUUAUUAUUAAUGAAUCAAGGGUUAAUUAGAUAAAUGCCACUCCAAUUAUGGCGAUUCAUAAAAAUGCCAUUGCAAUUUCGAAUCAAACUCAGGGCAAACACUCCUGCAAAGGGAGCUGGCGCUCCAAAGAAAGCGAGGCAGUAGUUCCUCCAUGGAUUAAGCUACAUAUGUACAUACGGGUAUCUUCUGUGUUCUGCUUGCUUAUCAAGCGAAGUCCGGCGCUGGAAGGGUGUGUUUCUGAACACAGCUUCUAACCUCUGCUGCAUCUCAUCAACUCUCUGUCCAUCAGGACUGAAGAUCGUCAAUUCAGCGCACUUUUGGGCACGCACUGGGUUUAUUUUGUGCACCUUUGUAAGGCAAGGCUUUGACACCUGAAGAACUAUGUCGAGCCACUGUCAUGACAACUCCUCUAUUUAGGUCCUCGAACAGAUUAGGUUCCAUGCGUUGUAAAUAUCGCCGUCGGCCUUUUCUACAUUAUCUCCUUAUAAAACUUUCUACUCAUUGUAAAUGCCGCUGGGUCAUGCUACUUAAUCUAAGUCUUCUUGUUGUUAUAAUGUGCA